CGAUAAUACCUGAGGACAAAAUGACGAUGUGAUAUGCAGUGUGGAUAUCGGCAGGUCUAUCCUGAUAUCGCCGUACACAAUGAUAGUGGCAGGUAACUGUGCAGUUGUAUAGAAGGAAUAUGGCGGAUAGACAUUGACUUUAUGUUGGGGUUUCUUUAUACAGUGAAUGUUCCAUGGCGUAGUAGGCUUAUGGUCGCCACCUCAAGAACAUUGGUGUAGGACAUUGAUAUUAGUCAUGUCUGCAACAUCAAAAUCUACAAAAGGAUUUUUAUGACAUAGCCUAUUCAGCAUAGGAUAUCUGCUAAACAUUGAUUCGAAAUAUAUCACAGAAUGUAUGUGUUGAAGGUGACCGAAAUUUAGAUAAUAUACAUGACAUUUGCAUUACAUGAAGUUUUACUGAUGACCUAUGUAAUAACAUCAGGAUAUUUCUGUACCAGAAAUAUAUACCAAUGGAUAAACCCUUAUAACUAAAGGAGGUUUCCCAGGGCUCCGCUGUUCAUUUCAUCAAAUGCAAUAUUUUGUUAACAACUAUUCUGUUUGACGAAAUUCGUUUUGGGUAGUAACAUGGAUACACUUUGGUCAGAUAAUAAAUCAAGGAUAAGACUAAACCUAGUGGAAUACUAAAGAUAACCAAUUAGCUGAGCCACAAAAUGGAGAUUAGAGCCAGUGUCUUGACCAGUACCAUGAUUUUUGUCAUGUGGUACGUUGGAAAGGCAGUUUCAGAUCCAAACGAUGCGGUAAUACUGCGCUUAAGGGAAAUGAAGAAGUUAGAAGUUCGGUACAACGGCAACUGGGGGAGCAUAUGCUUACAUGUACCUGGAUUCGAUGACAAAGCAGCAAAAGUCGCAUGUCGACAAAUGGGAUUUGGGAAUGGAAAACGCAGUAAUAGUGGGACGUUAGUGUCAAGUGACAAGCUAACAAUAGUCCUCGAUGACGUCACCUGCAUCGGUGAUGAAGACGACUUCAGUAAAUGCACAUUUCAAGUCCCGACCGGUAAUUGUAUGUUUGCUGUGGAGGUGAAUUGCGAAAGUGACCCAGCACUGAAUGGUUUGUUCGAUGUAAGCUUGUUGGGGAGUCCCAACCACGCCCACAAGGGAAUAUUGCACGCCACGAAGGCUGGAGCGACUGGAGCUGUGUGUUACGACAGCGGAUCAGCUGCCACCACAGUUGCCGGAAUCGUCUGCAAACAAAUGGGAUACAGCGAUGUGGAGAAGCAGACUGCGACCAACGCCUCAUCUUACAAUAGUUUCUUUAAUGCCACAUGUAUUGGAACUGAACUAACUCUUGCCGCCUGUACCUUGACGCCCGAGACUUCCUGCUCCUCAAACAACGUUAUUGAUGUUGAAUGUAAACUGGACAUGGCAUCACAGACACCAUUCGCCGUCCGGCUCUCCCAAUCUUCGAAAGCAGUGGUCGGGGCAAGCAGUGGGACAGUUGAGGUGAAAAAGUAUGGUAAAUGGGGCGUCAUCUGUAACACUGGCUGGGAUAUCAGUGCUGCAAACGUCGUCUGUAGACAACUAGGAUUCCAAGGAGCUGUGCCGACCACUGGUUUCCCAACUGACGCUAAUUUCGGUCAAGGAACGGGUACAGUAUUCUGGAACAACGUGCAGUGCAAUGGCGACGAACGAAGUAUAGAAGAGUGCAAACAUGACGAGGUCCUUGGGACGAGUGCGUGCAACUCGGUGAAUGCUUCGGGUGUGAACUGUUCCAGUGAUAAAUUGCCAUCAUUUGAUGACAUGUGCUCUGAUAAGACGUUCACGAUCCCUGCGAACUUUUUUUUCCUCCAAUCUCCGAGGUAUCCAAAUCAGUUCAAUUACGAGAGUGGCACAACAUGUUCCUGCACGUCUACAAACCUCACUGCAGCCACAGUGCUAUCCUUGUACAUUUAUCAAAAAAUGUUCACGCAGAACCACGUGGAAUCCUUGACAUUUUAUGACGACGGCUCUCAGAUUCAGUUGUAUGGCGACAAUUCUUUAGCUGGCCCAUGGAACUUCACAAAUACGGAUAACUUCACGAUUCAAUUCCAAUCAAAUAAGAGCGAUGGUGAAGGGAAAUUUAACAUUCAGAUAAAAGCUACUGCUGCAGUUGAGUUUACCUGCACGAAGACAGUCAGAGUUACCACAACGACAGCAACAACAACAACAACAGCAACAACAACAACAACAACAGCCACAAGCUCUACUGGUACGUCUAAGACGGACGAAUCAACUGGCGGUGAACCAUCUGAUAACGCUGGCAUGAUUGGUGGAAUAGUGGGUGCUGCCGUCGGCAUCAUCGUUUGUGUAGUCAUAGUUGUCUAUUGCGUAAAAGAGAAGAAGAACUCCCACAAAAUAUCAAAACGACGAAGAAAUUCAGUUGGAUCUAGUGAUAAAAGUAUUAAUGGUUCAGAAGGAGGUUGUGUCAACAACAAAGGUUUCGAAGGUGAUCACGGCAAUGGGAUGAAGGAAAACGACCUUUAUCAUUCAGCUGGUGGGCUCAAAGGAACUGGUAUCAUCCCACCAGGAAUGACUGGGAACCCUAAGCUCAAGGAACCUGAGACUGGGGAGUGCAGCCCUGAUGGAAUAGACAGGCCUGCGAGUGGUUCUGAAGUUAAGGUCGUUAUUCCAAAUCAAGCCUUCGACCCAUCCGAUUUGGAGGAACUGAAGCCAACAGAAAAAGGUGGAGUUGGACCUUUGAAAUGGGGAGGUUCACCCCCUGUGGACAAUGAUAACAAAGCACUCUAUGCUCAGGUUAAUAAGCCGAGGAAAGGGGGCCCUGUUGCACAAACUGAGAUCCCUAAUACAGGUAUCCACCCUCAUGGUAACGUUCCUGCGAAUAAUCUAGACCGAGAUGCUUAUAAUGGAAAUGUCGAGGACGAUGUUGUGCGACCUGUGGAGUACGGAGAAGUUAAAAAACCCGUCCACGGCUUCGUCCCUGGUAUGAGCAGUGCCUAUGCGGACGUGGAGCUUGGUCAAUUCGGAGCUCCUAGUUUUCCGGCGCCGCCCAAACAAGAAACACCAAAGAAGAAAACGAAGAAGGACAAGAAGAAGAAGAAAGAGAAAAAGGGAGACAAGAAAGGAGACCAAAAAGGGGACAAGAAAGGGUUGGGGUCGUCAGAUGACAUUCGAGGAGGUGACAGCUGCGCAGUACCAACUUCGGAUGGUUACAGUAUGUAUGCAGAGGUUGGUCAAAGGACGGAAGUUGACCGAAGUACACCUGAUGGUGGUUCCCAGCAAGAUGGGACAGAUCCAACGUAUGAUGUUUUCCAACGUGAAGGACCAAAGCACGGGCCAUCGCGUCGUCGUGGUCCCAGGCAAGAUGGGUCCGAUCCGACAUAUGAUGUUGCCCAGCGUGACGGAACAAAGUAAGGUGGGGGUUCUCAGUGGUAAGAGGUAAAUGACCGAAACACAGGUCAGCACAUGGUGGGGAUUGCAUGUGCCAUGGUCUAACGGAUGACAGUAAAAUUACAAAUACCUUUUGCUAAAAUGACGUGAGUGAGGCCGUGAUGCCCGAAAGAUCACGGUUUGUUUUAAGGUUUUAAAGGUCAAUAUUCCUCCUUUUAUGGUUGCAUGACAUGUGAAAAUCCUCAAAGAAUGUACUUAAAGCUCAGCGCAAAAUCAAGUUCGAUCAGAAUUGCCAAAACUGACGAAUGACGCGUGUUUCUACUAUCUAAGAGUUGAUUCAUAAUUUGGAACACGGCGAACACUUUCAGAAAAAAACAGAAAGAGAACGAACAUAUUGAAGUAAAAAUCCGUCCCUUCUUUAAACUUUUUUCAGGAAUUUCUUUUGAUUUUCGCAAUGAACCAAAUUUGUCAUGUUUAUUUCUUCAAGACAAUAAUUUACAAUUUAAAAAUAUGGACAACUGACUUCGCGGUAAAUGAGAAAAAUGUAGUGUAACUGAGCAUUAUAUUUUUAUACAGAAGGGGCGUGAUCGUUUUUUUAUAAUUAGAAAAGUGGGGGUGGGGUCGGCUACUGUGAGGUUUCAGCAUCACAGCUAUUUAUUUUGGCAAUAUGGAAGACAAAGUUGAAAAUCUAAACUUUCUUUUUUGCGGAAACCAAUUUCUUGCGGUUUUCCGGGUAUAAAAAAUAUAAGUGAUUUGCGAUUUUUGUUUUCACGGAUCAAUAUCAAUAUUAUUUGUAAAAUCGGCAAAAAAAUGAAACGCCGGCGAAAAUGUUGUACCCUGCAGUAUAUCCUCAAUGUAUAGCGUGUUGUUUUUUUGUUUUUUUUCAUGAUGAAACAUUUGCAUGCUUAUCGGUGAUGAUUUAUUAUAUUUAUACACCUUUGAUAUUGUGUUUGCUAUGCAUGAUUGCUGUUGCCAUGGUUACAGACACUAAUUCGCUCCAUGUUGCUUUCCAGUCGAUAGUGAUGUAUGCCAUUUAAGGCGUUGUCUAUUUGCAGGCUAAAAAGAGUGAUAGACAUAGGUUAAACAUCACCACAUAUGACGUGCAUACUACACGUAUUAAAUUUAUGCACACUGCAACUCUAGGGAACAUCGGGUAAAAAUGUGAGUGUAUAUCGAUCUCCAUAUUCGCAUUGUGCACAAUUAUAGUACAUGUACGUGUUUUCAUAGUUGGAAACUCACGCAUUCAAUUUCAAAAUUGGCCGGGUCUAUUUGGCAAGCCGCUCGCCGAACAGGCACCUUUUUUGUCCUGUUUGGAGAGUCGCUUGCCAAACAGCACUAAAAAGCCACCCUGUUCGGCCAGCCGGGCUUGCCAAACAGGUUAAAAAUCUACCCUGUUUGGCGAGCUGGAGACUUUACUUGAAUAUUAAUGAGUUCGGCUCUCCAUUCAGGACAAGAAAAAGUCGCUGUUUGGUAAGCCGGGCUUGCCAAGUAGUCACUUCCUUCAAAAUUAGGCCUAAAUCCAUGUCGUAAAACGAUAAUGUAAGAGAUCUCCAGAAAUUGUGUUAAUUUAUUUCUACUGUACUUUGUACCUUCGCAAUGCAUGUAAUUUUAAUUAAUCUCAGAUAUUCAACAAAUGAUUAUAAUCAAGAUGAUGUAAAUAUAUAUAUAGUAAUUUAAUGAGGGAAUUGAUACAUGACAUCCUGUGAUUAUUGAUAUUCAUUAUAAUGUUAACCCUUUGAGACUUGAUUACAGAUAUAUUAUUCUUAUUCCAGAUACAUGACAUUUACUAUAAUUAUGAAUUUACCUUUUGGGGAACUUACAGAUUUUAUUCUCCGGCCCGAUUAUUUAUACUCGUAGCUUUAUACUCGUUUAAAGGGCAACUUGGGCGUGGGAUUUAGGUGGCCAGGAAGGCAAAAGACCUCGUCAUCAUGCGUUGUCACAUGAGCCUUUAUACUAUUACUGAUCUGUAUCAAUCUUUGGUUCGGAACAUCGUCUGCGAAUUUCAGGAAGGCCGAUGCUAACAAUCCAUUCUGGGAAGUGAUUGUUACAGUUCUGCUGGAGGCCUACCAGUUUAAGAAGCCCACAUAUCUCAUGUCCUAUUUGACCCUUUAAGCAACUGUUCAAAUACUGACAAAUUGUUGUAUCGACAGCACUGUUGAUGUUAAACGUCACAAUUUCAUUAAUUGGGCUUUGCACAGGAAGUGAGCAAGUGUAUUUUUAUUGGCCUUUCAUGGAUAAUUGUCUAAAUUUGUUGAGAUAAGUGUAAUACAUCAAGUGGCAUUGAAGGCACCUAACUUGUUAUAUCAAGCGAAGUCUAAAUAUCCAUGAAUUUGCGUAACAGUAAUACAGACAUUUUAACAGUAUUAUUCUUGUUGUGAACGCAAACUAUGAUUUGUUCAGUAGUCUUGGUGGGACACGCUGUAUAUUAUCAACCCGGUAUUUGUCCAAGCCCUCUGUUGUACUUUGUCGACAUUUCAGGCUGAAUUAAUAAUUUAAGCACUGUGUAACAUACUGAUAUUCCAGAAGAGUAUUUUUUGGACUGUGAAAUUAUUGUACCACGCUUCUGUCUGUUCCUUCAUCAAUAUGCCUAGCUGAGCAAAUGACCAUUAUUGUGAUGGAAACACGUUACACAUCCCCUUAUAACAACUUGCAGCAUGAAGAGAGCUAUCGGAGAGCUUGAUUAUUAUUUUCCAUUCAUCCCAAAUUUGUAUUUUUUUAGGAUAAAGUCGCAACCAAAAUGUAGGGAAAAGUUUACUUUAUCGGCCAGUUUUGUUCGUAAAGUUUAAGCGAUUUUCAGAUAGAUCUGGCCAAAGGGAAGCCGGUACUUGGCUGACCUCUUCUCACUAAUCUGUAAUACUGUGAUCACAAGAAGGAAUGCAACAAAGUCAUAGUUGGCCGGCUUUUAGUUAAUUUAAAAGAGUAUUGGUAGGCCAAGUUAGGGGUAAUCUUUUGGUAAAGGUGAUCUGGUCACAUUAGUACCUUUGGCCAUAACGAUCUAAAAAAACUUUACACGUGACUUGAAUGUACAGAAUGUUUAUAUACAGGUCGAGAAUGUUGAGGUAUUAUAUAUCCACAAAGGAAGUAUGUCGUGUAAUGUCGUGAUACCGACUAACACGAAAACACUUAACCGAUAUGUCUCAUAUGCAAAAACACAAAUAUACAAAGCCUUUUGAUAAGAGAAGUUAUUUUAAGAUAGUUGUUCAGUCAUCAAUUCAUAGGCAAUAGGCCACCUAUUCUAAGAAAAUGAGUUAUGGAGAGAAACUACAAUGGUUAUUGAACGUACCGUCCGAAGUUUAUCACCACGUAACUGCAAUAUUGUGUUUUUACAUGUAUAUGCAGAUUUAUAAGGUUUGGGAAGUGUUUGGCCUAAUUCAGUUCUUUUUACUGAUAUGGUAACCCCAUCAAUAGGAAAUGCGGAUUUUUUAAAGUUAUUAUUAUUAUGGGCCGAUCUAACCUAUUAAUUUCUAGCCAAAUCGUUGUCACAAGAUGAAGAUCGGGGGGGGGGCAGUUUGUCUUAUCAACAUUCCAGACAUUACAUAUUCACAAAUUAGCUUAUCUUGCCAGGAUGAUCUCAGAUAUCCAAUGCUUUUCGCGAAAAUGAUAUGAACUGUCAACCGCCAAAUUUUUGCGGUAGUUUACUUUUGCGAAAAUAACUUAGAUUUCAAAAAUAAGAAUCGUGAAAAAAGAUUUUUUGUUUCAAAAACACCGAAAGAAAUCUUGUAUUCCAUCAA